AUGAUCACCAACCAAGCAGCGCCAGUGAUUCAAGCGCAGGGCAUCCGAACUCCUCUCGGGUCAGUGUGUGCAUGCAUCAGGUACGAGGGCCUGUCCAAGGGGCCCACCGCGGCGCAAACAGGUCCUUUCUCCACCCAUGUGACGAGCUUCAAGAGCUUCAAGCACACAUAUGCAGGUCGGGACCGCGAGCAGCUCUUCUUCCAGGCUGUCUUUUCGGAUUCGCUCUUCCAGGCAGAUAAGGCACGCUGCAGUCACUUCGCUGCAAGCCGAAAUGGUGGCUUUCUGUUUUUGGCGGCGGCUCCCAGCCCCGACUGGUCGCAUAUGCACGCGGCGGUUCUGAGGAAUCGCGGCGAGCUUGCAGAGUUGGAAAGGGUCCACCGCGCCCUCUACUGCAUCCAGUACGACGCCUUGCCGCGGACAAUUGACUACCUCCGGACCUCCAGGAGUAUUACGCAGAUCCCGGGGCGCCGCACCGAUACGUCGCAGCGUUUGCUCGCCUCCGCACCGACAGAUGUGAGCACACCGAGACCAAUAGGCAUCGGUAUCAAAGAAAAGAUAUCACAUCUAGACUCCGAGACAGCGUCGUCGACCAAUGGCACCCGUCAAGACAGCAUGUAG